CGGGGGUGGAAGUGCAUACAGCACUGCCGGGGUAUCCGCGGUAGAGGUAGUGAGUCGCGGUAGCUCCUGUUGGGAAGGGAGAGGAGAGAGAGAGAGCGGACGAGAAACUGGGCACAGAGAGAAAGAGGGAGUGAGAAAGAGAGAGAGAGAGAGGGCAGGCACGAGUCACCGGUGGAGGAGGCGUUAUAUACUGGCUGGAUCCUCGUUCGAUCGUCAGUUUCUCGCCCGAUCUCGUGGCAUCGACACUCCGUGGAACACCGUUGAGCACUCGCAGAUCGCGCUUCUGCCCGAGGAGGCCCGUGGAAGACACAGGAGAGUUCGCGAGUGCCAGCCGGAAGGCCAGUCGGAGGAGAAUCGUCUGUCCGCUUCGUCGAGUUCGCACUUUCCGCUCGCGUCUCGCCUGCGCCCUGCAAAACAGGGGUGACCGCUACCAGGGACAAGCCGGCUUCCUCGAAGUCGCUCAGAAACCUUCUUCGUGGGUCUGCCCGAGCUCGAGUCCCGGGGGAUCGUCAUGGCCACCUACGCGACCUAUAGGCACGUCGAGCUCGACAAUGUCGGAUACGGGAAGAAGAGGGUGUUGAAACCGCCCGGCGGUGGUAGCAGCGACAUUUUCGGCGCCCCGGAGGAGACAAGCCCGCGGCGCAUUAAGGCCCAUAAUCACUCCCAGCUGGGCUCAGCGCUUUUCGGCGACGCCAACGGUACCGACAGCGCGAACAUCGCCAUGUCGCCGCGCUUCAACAAGCCCGGUAAUGAUUCAUACAAACGUCUGUUUGGCCCCCCCGAUGCCCCACCCACCACCCCAAACGCGAGAAAUCACAUGCGCAGCAAUAUUCCCCUCAGCGGGGGAUCGUCGGCUUCGUCGCUAUCGUCGCGCGCUGCGACAUCGCCCGCGAAGAGCACGGCCAGCAGCAUCAGCAACUCGUCGCCGGGCGUCGCCAACGGCUUCGCCAGCAACGGCAGCAGUUUCAACGAUAUCACAGCUUUUAGGAGAAAGAAACGAUUUCCAGGAGGAACGUCCUGCUUACCGGCGCGCAACCCUGUCACUGGAGACGGAAUCGAGGUGACGCCCGUGAGGCGCAUCCCACGAAAGUAUCGAGAUGGUAACCCGGUAACCGGAACCGGCUACGCGACCGAGGUGCAGAAGAACGGGCCGGUGAUGCAGAACGGAACCAUCAGCUCGAAUUCCAGCAGCAGCGGCGAGAAGUCACACGACACGUCGCCAGCAGCGAAGCCACCGGCGCGCACCCGCGUCCCACCCGGUGGCUACUCAUCCGGACUUUGGUAAAGGGCGACGCCAUCAUCGGUCGCCCCGUUCUCUUCUCGGGAAACACCCAGAUUAACUCUUUCGGCCCUGUACUCUUAAUCCAUUAAGACCCCGCGAUCCUUCCCCCUAGGACUUUCUAAUCGAAUCGAGUACCCCGAGAUGUAUUUUACCGCCGUGCACCUUCGCGGCAACUACUUUUCUACUUUUCUUUUUCAUAGCACCCGAAGAGCUGCGAGCGACAGGUGAAAUAAAGCGUGGGUCUUAAUGGAUUAAUGCUUUUCCCUUUGCUUUGUACUAAUUCGAGAAGAAUGAGAGGAGUAAGAGUCUGGACAUUCUGAUUUUUGAAUAACGGAUAACUCUUUCGGCCUCGAGUAAUUAUUGUCGAAUCAUUAGUUUAUUUUAGUCAUGUGACAAAUAGUGUUGGGUAUAUCAGUCAACUUCUUUUUUUAAAUGCCUAGAUUUUCACUAUCGUCGUAGUGAUGUCGUCAAGAGGGCCGAAAGGGUUAACGAGGGCGCAAGAAAGUAAUAAUAAAAUCGUCGAUCCUCGAGUAUAUUUGCAACGCGGAAACGGAGGAGAGGUCACGUUUCAGCUCGAGCAGCGACAGAAGGGUCAUGCGUCUUUAAAUCCCUCGAUAUUAUAUUUUCAAUCUGUUUUAUAAGUAUACUAAAUUAUAAUCACGUAUGUGCGAAUUUUAUUCUGCGAAAAAUUGAUUAUUGCGCGAGAUAUUAAGCGGAAUAUUUGAUAUUUAUGUGAAACUCGUUUGAGCCGUUGCAACGAACAACGCCUCGUAGAAGAGCGCACAAGAGUAAACCGAUCCCAGGCGAUUCCUCGAGCGUGAAUUACCGGUCCUUCAAUUAGCAACUCUAGUACAGACUUUAUCGCGUAACUGUAUAGAGGUAGUUAAAGUAAUCAUCGCGCGUAAAGCGUACUCUUUUGAGGCAGGAACGCCGCGUCGGUUGGCGAAUCGCGAAUCGUAAAUCACUUGGCUAGGAAAUGCGAUUUCCUGUCAGCAACGGCUUACGUGUGAUCAGUCAUACGAAUAAAUAGGAAAAAGUAAAUAGCGUUGUGUUUUAACUGAAGCAGAAAACCAUUUGUUUUAGAAUAACACCAUGAACAAAACAAGGAAUAAUCGAUACUUCGUGGACGAUUUCGACCUCUCGCUAUAUUUAUUAAAAUUCUAAAAUAUUUGCAAACAUUCCGUUAUUGUUAGAACAGUACAAAUAAUUCAGCCGUGCACAUAUAAAAGUAUAAUGCACAAAUUGUACAGUUAUUCUCUCGUGCUUUUUAAUUUUUACUGUUUUAUGACUUAAACGUUUUAACAAUCUCGAAAUUUUUAAGACUUGCGUUAUUGAACAAAAACUCCACUUUACAACCCAUUUGACUGGAGCGAUCUUUGUCUCGUCGCUGCCGAGCUUGUGAUCGCGGGCCUUUUACUCGUCUCUCGUUGUGCGUCGCAUCUCAACCCCAUAAAAUCGUUUAAUUUGGAACAAGAUUAUGCAUUGAAGAAUUCGCUCUCCAGUCGGGGCGAAGGACAAUGAUAUGCAUGUUCAUAUAGACACGUACAGAGUAUCAAAAUAUCGUAGGAUCGCGAUUACUAUAUAUAGUGCCGUUACUACAUACAGUGCGGCGUUAUUUAGGAGCGAGAAAAAAAGCAAAAAUUAACUAAUCGAUCAAAACCUGCCAAACUUUGAGGGAGAGAGAGGGUGUAUCGAAAAAGCGCCAAGUAUAUAUAUAUAUACAUAAUCAAUGGAAUAAUCGACACUUUGUAUGGAGUACUGUUGUACGCGGUAACACUGAAAAAAAAGAUGGGUUCUAUCGUGAACGAUGUGAGAAAAGAGAGAGAGAGAGAGAAAGAGAUGGACUGAAAAGCAGAAAUAACGCUCGACGACGAAAUUGCAAUCUUUCGUGGUGACCUCGGAAUUGUAAAUUAGAAGUAGACAUAUGUUACUUCAAAAAAAUAAAAGUGUAUAUGUAUAAUCCAA